GAUAAUUAUUUUUACCACAUUUAAAAGUGUAAACAUGUGAUACUUUUUUAUAUAAAAACCAGCAAUCCAAAGCUCAGUUAGUCAGUUGAUAUUUUGGAUUAAAUCAUGAUCAAGGGAAUAUUGUUAUUGUGUUUGGUGGCUUUGAUUACAGUGAAUUGCUUUCCCAAUGGCAAUUACACACAAAGGAAUGAUGGACAUAAAACAGAAACUUUAACAAAAAAUAACCCAGCCCUUAUUGGCGGACAAGCUGGUGUCUACCACAAAGACAGAACCACAGAGACUUCCAAACAUUUGAUUGGCGGACAAGAUGGUGUACGUAAAACCAGAGAUGUCGACACUAUUGGCGGACCAGCUGGAACUCAGCAAGGAACUUCUGAAAGGCCUAAACAUCUCAUUGGCGGACAAGAUGGUGUCUACUACAAAGAUAGAACCACAGAGGCUUCCAAACAUUUGAUUGGCGGACAAGAUGGUGUACGUAAAACCAGAGAUGUCGACACUAUUGGCGGACCAGCUGGAACUCAGAAAGGAACUUCUGAAAGGCCUAAACAUCUCAUUGGCGGACAAGAUGGUGUCUACCACAAAGACAGAACCACAGAAGCUUCCAAACAUUUGAUUGGCGGACAAGAUGGUGUACGUAAAACUAGAGAUGUCGACAGAAUUGGCGGACCAGCUGGAACUCAACAAGGAACUUCUGAAAGGCCUAAACAUCUCAUUGGCGGACAAGAUGGUGUCUACUACAAAGACAGAACCACAGAGGCUUCCAAACAUUUGAUUGGCGGACAAGAUGGUGUACGUAAAACCAGAGAUGUCGACAGAAUUGGCGGACCAGCUGGAACUCAGCAAGCAACUUCUGAAAGGCCUAAACAUCUCAUUGGCGGACAAGCUGGUGUCUACCACAAAGACGGUACCACAGAGGCUUCCAAACAUUUGAUUGGCGGACAAGAUGGUGUACGUAAAACCAGAGAUGUCGACACAAUUGGCGGACCAACUAGAACUCAGCACGGAUCUUCUGAAAGCCCUAAACAUCUUAUUGGCGGACAAGCUGGUGUCUACUACAAAGACAGAACCACAGAGGCUUCCAAACAUUUGAUUGGCGGACAAGAUGGUGUACGUAAAACCAGAGAUGUAGGCACGAUUGGCGGACCAGCUGGAACUCAAAAAGGAACUUCUGAAAGUCCUAAACGUCCUAUUGGCGGACAAGAUGGUGUCUACUACAAAGACAAAACAACAGAGGCUUCCAAACAUUUGAUUGGCGGACAAGCUGGUGUUCAGAAAUGCAACUAAAAAUAGUUAAUUUAAUAUUGUUUAUUAUUGCCUUAAAUAAAACAAAUCUGUAAUUUCAAGUUUAUUUAACCAGUAUGUAUUCACUUUGAAAAUAAAUAUUUUUUCGAA